AUGUCUGAUCAAAACCUUUCCAUCGUCCUGGCCGAGCGCCCCACGGCAGAGAUUAUUCCUGGCAAGACUUUCAGAGCUGAGCAGAAGCCCAUUCCCAAGGCCGAUGACCUCAAGGAUGGCGAGAUCCUCGUCGAGAACUGGUACCUCAGUCUUGACCCUGCCAUGCGCGGCUGGCUCAACGACAAGCGCUCCUACCUCCCUCCCGUCCAGAUUGGCGAGACCAUGCGUGGCUCGACCGUAGGCCGUGUCAUCGCCUCCAAGUCCUCCAAGGCCAACGUCGGCGAUGUUCUCCCUGCCUUCGGCGGCUGGUCCGAGUACAGCGUCCUGCAUGAAAGCCGUAUCGAGCCCGUCUCCGCCUACCCCAAGGUCUCUCAACCCGUCGACUACCUGUCCGGCAUCGGCAUGACUGGCCUGACCGCCUACUUCGGCAUGCUCCGCAUCGGUGACCCCCAGCCCGGCGAGACUGUUGUCGUUUCCGGCGCUGCUGGUGCCACUGGUAGCGUCGCCGGUCAGAUUGCUAAGCUCAAGGGCGCGCGCGUCGUUGGUAUCGCUGGAUCUGAUGACAAGUGCCGCUGGUUGACUGAGGAGCUUGGCUUCGAUGUCGCUCUGAACUACAAGGACCCCGAGUUCAGACAGAAGUUCAAGGAGGCGACGCCCAACUACAUCAACGUCUACUUUGACAACGUCGGUGGCGAGAUUUUGGACAUGGCGCUGGCGCGGGCCAAGGAGCACGCCCGUUUCGUCAUGUGCGGUGGCAUCAGCCAGUACAACUCCGCAAACCCCCAGGGCCCCAAGAACUACUCCAACAUCAUUACCAUGCGCAUCAAGAUGCAGGGCUUCAUCGUCCUCGACUUCGUCAAGGAGUUCCCGCAGGCUCGCAAGGACCUUGCGCAGUGGCUCGAGGAGGGCAAACUUAAGCGCAAGGAGACGAUCAUCAAGGGCGGUCUCAAGGCGGCUGAGCAGGCUCUGGUCGACCUGUACAAGGGCAUCAACACCGGCAAGCUGAUUGUGGAGGUCAAGAACCCCAAGGAUGCUGCUAAGUUGUAA